AUGGCGUUAGUGGAUCUGGUGGAGAAACACUUUGCUAUUGUAGAGUGUAAAAAAACCGAUGCCACAACAAUACGCAGCAAAAAUCAGGAGUGGCAAAAAAUUGCAGAAGAAUUUAAUUCUGUUUCGUCAGUCCAUCCAAGAGAAUGGAUUGUUUUGAAAAACUGCUGGGAAAACUUAAAGAAGAGAGCCAAAAGUGAGCAGACAGCACGUAACCAACAUUAUUUGGGAACAGGAGGAGGUCUACCCAGGAAAUUGACUGUAGAUCCAGCAAUCGAUCGAGUUCUAGAUCUUAUCCAGACUAGAGUGUCUGGAUUUGUUAAUGUGUAUGACUCCGAUGGCACUCAUAUUUUAGCAUCUGGUAACAAUCCAAGCACAUCAGUGGCCGACCAGGCACCUCAAAAUGAUAUAUUAUUAUAUUCAAAUGAUGCCAGUGCUACUCCUGUACUUGAUGUAUAGGACUCCACGGAGGCCGCUGUAGUUACUGAGACAGCUGCUGCUUCAUUUGAAGUUAGUUAUAUCCACUGA